AGGUUAAACACUUCCCCUGAUUAAGGGGAAAAAAAUUAAGAACGAAAUGAAACUUCCAGUCAUGACCUUUGACACUGACUGACAGUGAAACCUUGUUUGAAACGUAAUAAUAGCAAUAAAAGCCUUGUUCGGGGAAGAUUCAUUUUUAUAAAAUGGAAGCCCAAAACAAAGUGUCAAUCUACAGAGCAAAAGGAAUGUAACUGUCAACAAAGCUUUAUCAACAAUAACAAAUUAACAACAAUUUAUUAAUUGACCUCCACCGCUUAUCAACUAAUCUACUAGCAUCCGUAGCACUGCGUCAUCUAUCACGCUUCUAUCAACAAAACGGACUUAACCCUUGUACGAGCGAUAUGCAUUAUCAUUACUGUUCAUUUAUCUACCCACGAUUAAGCACAGAUCCGUUUCCUUGACUGCUUUUAAUUAAAAAAAAAAAAAUGAUGGAAAAAAGUGUGUUGCGUUAUUUGAAUCCUUUUACCGUAGUGCGAGAGUAUGUGAGGACUCCGAUCGAAGCGUUUAUUGUAAACCAAUAUUUGGGAUAUAGAAAAAAGACUGAUGAAAGUAUAACAAGUGUUAAAGAGUUAAUGUACAGAGUCGCGAUCGUGAUAUUGUUUAUUACUGCUAUAGUGUGGAUCUCAAUUUUUAUGUAUGUGGGCUUCUAUAAUAUUUACAUGCCAAAUGUUACUCAUGUGCGGCCCGUCCAUUUUCAGUUUAAGCCAUGCGAGGACAAGUCAGGCAUAUGCUCGUACCCAUAUGCGUACGUACAGCUGACGAAGCAGAACAACAUACUCAUGCCGAAACAGCCGUACCGGAUCAAACUGGUACUUGAGAUGCCCGAGUCUCAGGUUAACAAGGACUUAGGUAUGUUUAUGGUGUGCGUCCAAAUGCGAGCCAAAGGCGGUUACCUGGUGUCCUCAUCUUGCAGAUCUGCUAUGCUACGAUACAGGUCAUUGCUACACCACUUGAUGAGGACAUUCGUUUUCUCUCCGUUCUACCUCGGCGGAGUUGAUGAAGAGAAACAGCAACUUAAAGUGGAACUCUUCAGCGACUUCGAAGAUGAUCCGGAGAAGCCGGCGACCGACGCCUACGUGGAGCUGCAGUCCCGCUUCGCGCAGGUGUACUCCAGCGAGCUGCACGUGCAGGCUCACUUCACGGGGCUGCGCUACCUCAUGUUCCACUGGCCCAAGAUAUCUGCCUUCUUUGGUAUCUGCACAAACCUGUUCUUCGUGUCGCUGGUGUUCAUCCUCAGCUGGUACCACUUACAAGAUGGACUGCCUGAAUUUAUUAAAAAUAAAUUUCGUUCAGAAAUAAAGACUGAAGAGGAUGACAAAGCUUUCAUUGGCAAAGUCAAGUUGGAGAGAGAAGAUUCUUCUUCAUUCUUCGAAGAGGAUGCCCUUCUAAAGGAAUUCCAACAGAUCGAAUCGAAAGAGGAAACUAAGAAGACUUAAAUGUGAUUUAUAUAGAGAAAUAUUUAUGAUGGCAACACUCGUAUGUAUGGGAUAUGGAUGAAUUUAUAAUAUUAUUAGAAAGCGAUUUACUUAAUUAAUUAUUUAUAUACACUGAAAACAGUAACAAUCACAAUGCAACAAAAAUUAAUGACUUACAAACUGAUUUUUCAAAGCAUUUAUAAAAGUUUUUGGCGCAAAUGACAGUGUAGUAAAAAUAUGUACUUAUAUCACAGGAUAAUUAAUCUUCUCAAAAAAUCAAAAAUUACAUCAUUUUAAUGUAUGAGAGAUGUAUGAGACUUGCCUGGUGUUAUUAGGUUUUCCGCAUAGGAAACUCUUUGUAGUAUUCGGUCGGUCUAGGUUCGAUACCAGUGCGGUAAAAUGUGUCUUACAUUCCGAAUGUAACAUAACAUUGGAUUAAUACCGUUAAAGAGAUAAUUUAUUUCCAAUCUACCACUUUUUUAACAGCUUUUUUAAAGAUGACUGGUAUUUUAAUUCGUAUUAAAUUAUUAAAUUUAAUUUGAAGCUUAUUAUAACGAAAUCAAGAUGUAUUAAAAUGCUCAAAGUAGUAGCAAAACGCAUAUCGAUGUAAAACAAGACUUAUGUGAUAGACAUAAAGUCCAUAUUUGAAUGUAUGUAUGUAGUUUUAUGAAUAAUAUUUUUAUGAGCUUUUUGAUAUACACUUCGAAAUAUAUGCACAGACUCACUCACAACUUUAUUGUAACAGUUGCAAACAAUUUCUGUAUUUAAAUAGUUAUCGCGAGAAAUUCACACUACUUAGAGAAAUGUGUUCAGAAACCAAGCGAAAUGAAAUUAUUUAUUCUGUAAGAAGGAUAAAUCAUCACUUUUACAUCGAUAGCAAACAAAUGAAAAUACAUAUUCGGGCUAACAGUUCUUAAGAAGUAUGUUCAAAUCUUUGCAUUUCUGCAUUCAUCAUGUAAAUGACAUAUACUUCUGUACGAUUAUUAGAAAGAGGUAAUAUUCUGAGGCCGUAGGGAAUAAUAAUAAGCUCGGGGAAUACUGAACCGAUUUUGAAAAAACAUUAACCAAUAAAAAGUCACUUUAAAUGAGUUUCAUAGCUUCAAAAGCUAUACAUGAACGCGGGUCAGCUAGGUUUAUUUUCAACAUACAGACAUGUUUGGUAAAUCUAAAAAAUCGUUAGUGCCUUUAUAACAUUCAUGCAUUGAAAAGCUUUUGGUGUUGUAUUAACUCAAUAAAUGAAAAUAUAAAUACAAAUUAUAUUGAUUUGGCUCUCUACAUGAUUAAAAUAUAUAUUUGUGAAUCCAAAUGUCUCAUCUGUAAUGACAUCCAGGGAUAUUAAUUAUUAUCGAAUAAAUGAGGAAUACUUAAAUAUUAUAAAAUAACUGAAUUUGUUUAAGCAGACGCUUAAUGGUGAAUAACUACUGUUCAACUUAAGAUAGGUGGCAAAUUGUAUGUGUUAUUACCUUGGUAAACAAAAUUAAAAAUGGAGGACGUACAAAUUUUUGCUUUUGCAAUACCGUUAAGAAUUAAUGAACUUUUUUACGCAAAAUUUUCUGCUAAUUUAUAUUAUUAUGAAGUUGCCAUAUUUUUUUUAUCCUUUUUAUUUUGUACCAGAGAAAGGGAUAUCAAAAAAACGCUAGAUUUAUACGUCAAUUAAAGAUUUGCACACUAUCUAAAGUGUCGGUGUUACGUGCGUUGUUAAACGGUGUUUAGUAAAUCAUAAAUAUGUGUUGGUAGAUAGAGCUAUAUAAAUGUGAGCUAUAUCGGAGAUAUUAUAAUGUGAUAAAUAUUUUUUACUUUGGAGUUAGAUAAAUAAAUAUUGAUGUUGUA